AUGUUCAAUGUUAUGGGUUUUUCGUUUUUUACAACGGAUUCGGUGGCGUGCAGGGGAUUGCUCUACACAUCCUCCAUACUCAAUUUCGUUUUGGUCUGCCAACUCAUUCUCCUUCAACCUCUCGUUUCUGCUUCCGAUGGAAAUCCUGAAAAUGCUGCUGAGUUGUUUGAGCGGGCAUCGCAAAGCGUAAAAGUGAAACAUUAUACUGAGGCACUUGAUGAUCUAAAUGCUGCAAUAGAGGCAGACCCAAACCUUUCAAAAGCGUACCUUUUCAGAGCUUCAGUGCUUCGUCAAAUAUGCAGAUAUGAGCAAUCCGAGAGGAGCUACAAACAGUUCCUGGAGUUAAAGCCUGGAGAUUCAACUGCAGAAAAAGAGCUCUCUCAACUAUUGCAGGCUCAAAGUGCCCUAGAAACAGCACAGUCACUCUAUGAUUUGGGCAACUUCUCAAAAUCAUUGGAAUAUAUUGAUAAAGUUGUUCUUGUUUUCUCUCCAGAUUGUACUAAGGCUAAGCUUCUUAAAGUAAAGGUGUUAAUAGCUGAUAAAGAGUAUGAGGGUGCAAUUGCUGAGUCAGGGUUUCUUCUCAAGGAAGAUGAAAAUAAUUUAGAAGCCUUAUUGUUACGUGGUCGUGCGUUUUACUAUUUAGCUGAUCAUGAUGUUGCCACGAGGCAUUUUCAGAAAGGCCUUCGCUCAGAUCCGGAGCAUAGUGAACUGAAAAAAGCAUAUUUUGGAUUGAAAAAUCUAUUAAAAAAGAGUAAAAGUGCUGAAGAUAAUGCGAGCAAGGGUAAACUACGUGUGGCAGUGGAAGAAUUCAAAGCUGCACUUGCUGUAGACCCUAACCAUCUUGCGCACAAUGUACAUCUUCACCUUGGCUUAUGUAAAGUGCUAGUCAAACUUGGCAGAGGAAAAGAUGCCUUGGAAAGUUGUAAUGAAGCGCUUAAGUUCAAUGAGGAACUUGUUGAAGCUCUUGUUCAGAGAGGAGAAGCUAAACUCUUAACAGAGGAUUGGGAGGGAGCUGUGGAUGAUAUGAGAUCAGCUGCUCAAAAAUCUCCUCAGGAUAUGAGUAUCCGUGAAGCAGUAAUGAGGGCCGAGAAAGCUUUAAAGAUAAGCAAACGCAAAGAUCACUACAAAACAUUGGGAAUUUCAAAAACUGCUUCUGCUGCAGAUAUAAAACGUGCCUACAAGAAACUUGCCUUACAAUGGCACCCAGAUAAGAAUGUUGACAAAAGAGAAGAAGCGGAGGCUAAAUUCCGAGAAAUUGCUGCUGCAUAUGAGGUUCUCAGCGAUGAAGACAAACGCGUAAGAUACGACAGGGGGGAGGACCUUGAAGAGAUGGGAAUGGGCGGUGGUGGUGGUUUCAACCCUUUCGGUGGUGGGGGCCAGCAGUUUACCUUUAAUUUUGAGGGUGGCUUCCCUGGUGGAGGCUUUCCUGGUGGUGGUGGAUUUGGAGGGGGCUAUCCUGGAGGAUUUGAAUUUCACUUCUGA